AUGUGUCUAGCUCGAGCUGAGCUGGUCGAGUUUUUAUUACAAGUAUUAAUUCAGCGAGUGAGCAGUGGAUGUGAUGUGAGGCGGCGCGGCGGGAGGGGGUACGAUGACCUAUUAAUACCCGACUCCCCUCAUGUCUGCAGCUGCACCCCUACAACCGCACCCUCCCUCCCUCCUUCCUAUAGCUCGUGGCAUAACGCUCCCAGCUGUCUGCAUUGCCUGGCGAUGAGUCCAUCCCAGAGUGACUGUGACCCGGACCAGCUCUUCUGGGGCUACAGGGAGCGCACCCGAGCUCUCCUGCGUCACCUGAUUCUGGAGCGGGGGUUGUGUCCCAGUCACCCCCUCGUCACCUCCUACGACCAUCACCUUUACCUGACCACGGCACAUGUGGAGUACUGUCGUGGCUUGGAGCAAUGGCCUGCCCAGGGCACCGACCUCGUAGCCCUUCGGACCGCGUGUUUCAGGGGUUGCGAUCUCAAGUUCACCUACUGCGAUCGCACCGCAACCUCCCUCGCAGACGAGGACAAGAAAAUGCACAAAGAUGGUAGAGAAAGUUAACGUUUGCCCUUUGAUUCGCUUUAUUACAUGUUUCAAUACGUCCAAGUAUAUGUUCUGGAGACGUAUAAAAACAAUGUUUUUUAUCAACUUAAAGUAAAUGUUAAAUAAAAUACUGUUUUUACUUAAAUAGACUACUAUCAUAAGCCGGAGACCUCCACAAAUAUGGAUUAAAUAUUGUACAAGGUCGGCUAGAAAUGUAUUAUUUAUUUUAGUAGUUAACGUUUUUUAAUAGUUUAGUUAGUUAAAGUAAAACAAUGUGUUCCUUAUAAUCAUAUCAUAUGAAAGUAUUUUUGCAAUUUCUCCUAUUUUUAUUGUUGAAUUCAGCUGCAUGCUUGUCAAGUUGUUGCAGGCUUGAAACACAAAUAUUAACACGAGUCAAGUACACUAAACAUAACUUUACUCAAUUCGGUAGUACAGUACUCGUAGGUGAGUCAAUCUCUCCUAUUUUUGUUGUUGAAUUCAGCUGCAUGCUCGUCAAGUUGUUGCAGGCUUGAAACACAAAUAUUAACACGAGUCAAGUACACUAAACACAAAUUUACUCAAUUCGGUAGGACUCGUAGCAGAGUCAAUCUCUCCUAUUUUUAUUGUUGAAUUCAGCUGCAUGCUUGUCAAGUUGUUGCAGGCUUGAAACACAAAUAUUAACACGAGUCAAAGUACACUAAACACAAAUUUACUCAGUUCGGUAGUACUCGUAUCUGAGUCAAUCUCUCCUAUUUUAUUGUUAAAUUCAGCUGCAUGCUUGUCAAGUUGUUGCAGGCUUGAAACACAAAUAUUAAUACGAGUCAAGUACACUAAACACAAAUUUACUCAAUUCGGUAGUACUCGUAGCAGAGUCAAUCUCUCCUAUUUUUGUUGUUGAAUUCAGCUGCAUGCUUGUCAAGUUGUUGCAGGCUUGAAACACAAAUAUUAACACGAGUCAAGUACA